CAUCACUGUGCGCUCCCAUAUGGCUCCCUCUAAAAAUGCAGGUCAUGUGCAGUUCGAUCCUCACGACAACAUGGAAUACAUCGUCCCUACUUGGAAUCAAAGUCCAAUACCAACCCUGUCAUCUAGUGGCGCAUCACAUUCUUCGAGAUAUUUCGAUGAAAUUGCUCUUUUAAAACGUGGUAAAAUCACUCGCGAAACACCAAAGCAUACUUAUAGACGGUUCGGGGGAAACAUUGUACCUUCUAUAAAACCUAUCACUAUGGCAGAACUGAACAGCCGUGGACUUAGGCUCGAUCAAGACCAUGUGAUUUACAAUAUUCCAGAAAGCACUAUGCAAGCGACAAUUCUACAUAACGUUUCACCAAAGAUGCUUAACGCUGCAACAACAUCAAGUCGGAGCUCUGCAUUUAGCGUCAUAAAAUCACCAAAGAAGUCGAGAGAAUUUGUUGUAGGAAAUCCAACAGAGAACGCGAAGUUACGAAUUAGUUCCAUAGCACAUAAAGGCAAGAGCUAUGAGCUCAGUGUCGAUAACGACGUCUGCAUCCUACAGCAAAGUCUAAAAAAUGUUGUACUCAUAACUUGGAAAAAUUAAAUUGCAAAAAUCGUACAUUGCAUUCAGU